UUUAACCAUAAGUAUUAAUCAUCAUCAACAUUGCAACCAAACAGCAUUGUAACCAAAACGGUAACGUGUCAAAAGCCUUUAUUACCUGAAUUGUAUUUUCUUUUUUUUUUGUUCAUUUACUCCCGGCGAUUCUCUCUCUCUCUCUCUCUCUCUCUCUCUCUCUAAAAGAGAAGCUUCAGCCUUCAGACAACAGAAGAAGACAACUUUCUUGAACUCACUAGAUCUUCUUCUUUGUUGUUGUUCUCUGUCCGUAAAGUUUUUUUCUACUUUUUUUUCCCGAUGAGGUGUAAAAGACAUAUAGUUGAUUUCAGCAGCAGCAUCGGCGUUUGCGCUUCUUGCCUCCGUGAACGUCUCUUUUCCCUCGCCGCUUCAACCGCCGCGUCAGAAAGGAUCUCUCCUCCUCCUCGUCCUCUCGUUUUUCCUCGCUCUGUUUCUCCUUACGUCUCCGCUAGAAAAUCCGAUGCCGGAAGAGCUUCUUCUCAAAACAGAUUCUUCCCAACGCCGCAAGUCACCUCCACCGCCGGCGGCGGAGGAGGAGGAGGAUCGUCGGAAAAAGUCUUCGACUCCGGCAGAUCGUAUAAGAAGAAACAGAGCAGGCUAUCUCGGUUCUCUAGCUUAUUCAGGUCAAGAUCCGACGAGUUUCAAGACCCCUUCGUCGCGUCGACGUCGUCCACGUCGCGUUCUUGGCUCUCGAAGGUUCUCUCCGUCCGAUCGAAAAAGCCGUCACCCAACGACACGUGCUACAUCGAGGAUUUGAUCGCCUCCGAGUCAAGCCACCGACCGAGGCAGAGAUACUGCAGAGGAAUGUCACCCGCGACGGUGGAUUACGACGACAUCGAGGAAACUCCCGAGAGAGUGAAAAGAACGCCGGCGGCUGCGGCGGCGAUGGGAACUCCGGGGAGAAGAAAGACGGCGAUGAUCGGUACAGGGAUGGGUUUCUGCUUGAGUCCGUUAGUGAGAGCUAAACCUUCUAACUGGAAAGGGAAACUUCCGCCGGAAUUUGGAUACGCCACCACCGGGGAGAUGAAGUCUCCGGCGAGGCCUCACAUUUCGACGGCGGCGUCUUUUUGCGCGAACCGGUCUAAGAAGCUUGUCGAUUUAGGACGGGUUGAUCCUCGCCGUUGAUGUGUUUUUUUUUGGUGUUUGGUCGUUAUCAGACCGUUCUAUAUACGUAAUUACUUAAAUACCCUUCACAAGAUUCAUAUGAUAGUUUUUAGGGUUACUAUACCAACAGAUAAUGAGUGGAAAAUGUCUCUAUUUUAUAGUGCAACUAUGAAAGUCGCAAUACUCUCGUAGUAUAUUAAAACAGAUUUUACCUCGGA